GAGAAAAGCAGAUCAGCAGCGGGGCGGCAGAUGACCCGGCGCAGCAGCGAGGCGCACCACAGCCCUCUAACAAAUGAAAGGAUGGGGGGCUUCAGCAGCAGCUGAGCGCACGGAGCCACACGCUGGGGCCUGAGGGGACACUUUCUGCUCACUCCGGCGGACUUUCACUGGAUUUAUUCCUCACUUCACAACAACAUGCCAUUUGCCAAACGAGUGGUGGAGCCGCAGUUUCUGUGCCGGUAUCAAGUCCCAAAUGAAGAGGGUCUGGUUUUCGAGGAUCUGGUCUCCAUCAGUAACGUGGCUCUGUCUCGGACCCUGCGGCAGCUGUCUGACUUGGCCAAACAUGCCUGCUCCAUUUUCCAGGAGCUGGAGGUCGAGCUCACCUCCACCAGGCAGCGGCUGGGCGGGCUGCACGGCAGGCUCAGCCUGCUCCAGCAAACCUGCUCCGGGCUGGACCCCAAAGAGGAGGCAGUGCCGGUGUCUAAUCUGGACGUGGAGAGUAAGCUGACGGAACACUUCCGGUCUUCCUGGCUCCAGCAGAGGAACCUUCUCAACUCCUCCACGCGACCAGCAUGCAUAGAAGACCUCCACAGGCAAGCCAGCCUAAGCCUGUGGGCCCUAAACCGAGAUCGCCACAGAGCGUCAGGCAGCGGGGAGAGGCGAGUGACCAUCUCGGCCUUGCCCCCCAUGCCACUGCACCCCUCCCCCAGCACUGUCCGGACGCUCCAACCCACACGCUCCUCCUCCCCCACCGAAUGUUGCCGCCUCUCCCCCUGGAGCAGAAAGGCUGCACGCUCUGACCCCGACACCGACGGGGUGGCUCUAGGUCACCGGUCUAAGUUUCCCAUCCCUAACACCCCCUCCACUCUGGACAAGCAGACUAACUGGUCUAGAGCUCUGCCGCUGCCCACCCCAGAGGAGAGAAUGAAAAGCAGUUCCCAAGUCAUCACCUCAUGCAUCAUCCCUAUUAAUGUGACUGGGGUUGGCUUUGACAGAGAUGCCAGUGUGCGCUGCUCGCUGGUCCACUCGCAGUCCGUGCUUCAGAGGAGACGGAAGCUGAGGAGACGCAGGACGGUGGCCGGCGUUCCCAGACAGCUGCAGCUGGAUCCAGAUUCUGACGAAUCUCCUGGUUCCAGAGAGCGGACGGUGAUCGUUCACGCCAGUCUGGGCCUCACUCCCUCCCGCGAGGAGUUUAGCACCCAUCUAAGCACCAGAGACUCGGGCUGCCAGACAGAAGACUUCCUGAUCUCAGGAGCGCCAUCUCGGAGGAAGAUCAGGAACCAGAGGGGUCCCGGAAUCUCCCUAUCGCUCUCCCACUCUGCAGGAAACAUCUGCUCCCUGGCCGACGGCGGAGACGGCAUGUUCCCUGCCUCUGGAGCUCAGCUGCGUUCUCGGAGUCUGCCCAGAGACUCCAGCCGGCUGACGGACGACGAGCAGAACAACAGCGACAACGAAGAGGAGCUCUCCCUGUUCAACACCGAGAGCUUCAUGGCGGGACACCGGGAGAGGAUUCUGAAGGAGGAAGAGGAGAGCACGGACGACCAGGCCGGACCGGAGCGCCGGACGUACAAGCAGCUGUCGGGCAGUCCGGAGCGCUGCUGGAUGGAGCGAACCCAAAGCCAGCUGCCCCGGAGCAGCUGUGAGAUCUCGUCCAGUUCGGACACCUUCAGCAGCCCGGUACACUCCGUCUCCGCCGCAGGGGGGCUGGGGGGGCAGAUGGACCAAAAAGAGGACCACCAGUCCUCCAGUGGAAACUGGAGCGGGAGCAGCUCCACCUGCCCCUCCCAGACAUCCGAAACGAUCCCCCCCGCAGCCUCUCCGCCCCUAACGAGCUCCUCCCACUGUGACUCUGAGCUGUCUCUGAACGCCGCCCCUCACGCCACAGAGGAUGGCGCCGGCUUCAUGCUGGACCACUACCAGGGCCUCAGGACCCAGCGGGCGGGUUCCUUCUCCUCCACAGCCAUGGACAUUUUAGAGGAAGUGGGAGUUGGCACUCCCAUCGAAGGGGAGUGGGGCUACCCCCACGCUGAGCUGCCCCAUCCCCAGGGAUUCAACCCCGAGCUGAGCAGGGAAGCCGACAGCAGCCUGGGCUGCCCCAGCUUCACCAGCAUGGCCACCUGUGAGAGUAACCUCUCCGACAAACCCCCCUCCGAGAAAGCCGACACGGUCUCACACUACUCCGUGGACACGGAGGGCUACUACACCUCCAUGCACUUUGACUGCGGCCUGAAGGGCAGCAGGAGCUUCACCUACAGCUAUGCACCCUCCGGUUCAGACUGCGCCCUGUCUGACUCCAGCCCCCACCUGACCCUCGGGAGGCGCUGCCUGUCUCUACGGAAACCAAAGGUGAAGCCGUCUCCGCCAAAGAGGAGCUCCUCCUUAAGAAAAAUAUGCAGUGAGGGAAGCAUCCCUGACCCGUCGGAACCAAAGAUCCUCCAGAAACUCCCUCUGAGCUCAAAGGAGCGGAAGCUGCAGCUCCUGCUGUCUGGCUCCUACGAAAGCUCUUCACAAAUCAAAGAGCCGCUUGAGGCCUGGGGGGCAGGGGGCUCACAUCUAACCGGUUGCAGCCUCUAUGGCUCCACUGAUGCGCGUUUAUUCAGAGAUUGUGGGAUGGCUCAGUCAGAUGAGGUCGAUCUGUGGCUCCUGAAUGAUUUCAAAUCCAGCGAUCCGUACCGGUCCCUGUCCAACUCCAGCACGGCGACCGGCACCACCGUCAUCGAGUGUAUGAAAUCCCAGGAAGGCUCAGAGUCCCAGGCCUCCCAGUCUGGCUCCAGGUCCACCACACCCUCGCUUCCAUCGGUGGAGGGGGAGUUCAAACUGACCUCUCCGGAGAAGCUGGCCGGCCUCGCCAGUCCAUCAAGCGGCUACUCCAGCCAGUCCGAAACCCCCACCUCCUCUUUUCCCAAUACCUUUUUUCCCGGUCCGCUGUCACCCGCAGGAGGAAAGAGGAAACCUAAAGUCCCAGAGAGGAAGUCCUCCCUGUCGUCUCUGUCUCUUCAGGCCCAAUCCGGCAGGGAAGGAGCCAGCUCCAAGAGGGAUCUGGAGCUGCCAGUGACGCCCCCCUCCCACCGCGACGUAAGUGCCCUUCACAGUGAAAACAAGGCCUUGGCCUGCAGGAGCAUGGAGCAAAACCUUCAUGAAAACAAACAAGACACUUCCAGUUCAGCAAAACCUCCAAACUCAGAGCAGAUUAAUGCCCACCCCCUGCUCAUUACCCCCUCCGUGCUGAACUCAGUGCAGCUCCGAACCGUCAGCAAGGAGAACGAGGAGGGAGCGUUCAUGAACUCCUCCAGUAAACUUUGCUCUAGUAGAUCUUUUGAGCUCAAAAGUUCUUCACUAAACCACCCGCUUCAUCCUUAUUUACCCACAAAGACGUCAUGUGAAUCGACAUUUACCUCAAAUGAGGAGUUGCGGAACGAGACUCGCGUCAAAUGGGACAAAGAGGUUCCUUUGGAGAGCAACGUCGCAGUCGGGCUGCAGCCAGAACCGAGCUUCGACCGGAGGGAUGCAGAAAUCCUUGAGGCAUCCUGGAGCGAUGAAGGAGAGAUGUGCACAGAGUCUGCAGACACGUCCAUCAGCUCUGCAGACUCCCACUCGGAGCCUCCACAGGAGCACGCCGAGCCCCCCGCAGGAGACCCGUGUCCAUCUCCUCCGGUUCUGCACAGCUCCCCCAAGAGGUGCAGCAGUCUGGAUAAAGUGCCUGCUGCAGACGGUCAGCUGGAGGCUUCACGGGACAGCGAAGCAGAAAACAGUUCAUCGGGAGUUUCCGCCGAAAGUGCCUCACAGGACGGAGGAGAGGAGUCCACAGCCGAGAGAGAGGACUCUUUCAGUAAAGAGUUCUCCAUCAGUGACAGCUCGGUGUCUCCACCACAUGACGAGUCCAGACCUGAGGAGGACAGCGUGUUUGUGUCGCCCACCAAGUCCCGCACCACGGAGGACCUGUUUGCCAUGAUUCACAGGUCCAAGAGGAAGGUGUUGGGGAAGAAGGACUCCUCCGAGCUGGGUGUGAGGGGCCGUCUCUGUGCCGCGUCGGGGAACACGCCACCCGGCAGCACUAGCGGCUCCUCACCCACUCUGGCAUCGCCCCUUUCUGCUGUGACCCCACCAAGUCUCCAUAAAGUGUCUAGUCCCAUCUACAGGAGCGUCAAGAAGUCCAGCACCUCCAAUGAGGAGUUCAAACUGCUGCUGCUGAGGAAGGGAAGUCGCUGCGAUUCCAGCUACCGCAUGUCGGCUGCGGAGAUCCUCAAGAGCCCCGUGGCUCCUAAAGCCCCUGCAGAUUUCCUCACAGAGUCCCCCAGGCAGGCAGAGGAGCCCGCCUCCCCGCUGCUGCCUCCUGCUCCGGAUCAGGUCUCCAGCCCCUACCCCAAAGCCAACGCUGACAGCUUCUCCCCAAAACCCUUCUUCACGGCUGCCUCCUCCCGGCAGGGGCGCUCCAGGAUCCCGCCGCCUGCCAGCAGCAGCCGCUACAGCGUGCGCAGCCGGAUGUACUCCACCCCCAUGCAGGCCAUCUCCGAGGGCGAGGCGGAGAACUCCGACGGGAGCCCCCAGGGGUCCACGUAGAAUUGGCAGCACGGCAGACAUAGACAAACAGACCCGAGUGAAAGAUGAAAGAUUUCCGCGCUGCAGGCAGGAGGACUGAGAAACAACAACUAAAAAAGAUUAUUUAAAACCAAACAGAGGAAUAUUUUUGUUUUUUAAAGAGUUUUUGGCUUUUCCUAGUUGCCUUCCUACAACAGCACACUCACCUUUUUUCUGUAGAUUCUUCCCAAAACAGAAAAGAUUUCUUUCAGGACCUUCUCUUAGUUUAUCAAAUAUAUGUAUUCUGUGAAUACCUAAGACGAACACGUAGAGUCAUACCAAAUCUGUGAUCCCUGCCUUCCCGGACGCCAGCACUGACUCGUUCAUAGUUUUGGAAGAUGGCGUUUCCGGCAGCGUGUUUCAGCGUCCCCCCUUUUUCAAAACAAUUCCCCAAUAGAUCCCAAAAACGUCAAAAUGGGGGAAGUACGUGAGAUGCAUUUUAGCUAAGGACUGCCUAACAAACACGACAACCUGUGGAGACAGAGAGGUGGCAGGUGUGGACAUGGGGCUUUAGCAGGUGAUCAAAGCAGACAAAAGGAACUCAGAAGGUCAGGUGUUUAAGGAACUUAGGUCAUUUCCGGUUUGCUGACUUGGUGUGUUUGUGAGUUGUUGACAGAGGCGGGUGGAAAGUGCUCAGGAGGAGGUCUUACUUCACCAGCAGGAGACAAACUUGACAGUCAGGUUGUAAAAACUGAGCCAGGUCGUCACAUCUGAUGACAGUUUGGGCGUUUUAUUUUUCAGUGCCAAACGCUUCUCCAUGCUUUUCCCAUCAAACACUUUCAAAGUUUUGAUAUUUAUUUUUUUUAUAACAAGCACAAACAUUUGAGUAUGCGAAAAACAAAAACAUUAUGCAAUGAAUUUCUGGUAUUAAUGAUGAAAUAUUUUAUACAGAAAAUCCCACUUAAACUGUACAAAAGUAUAUUUGUCUAAUUUUUAAUCAGAUCACAUUCAAUGCAAUACUUUCACUGAGACAGAAUGAAUUAUAUCAUUCUAAACGCUCUCUCUUAUUCUAUUUUCUGAUUAAUUUAGUCAACAGAUUAAAAUGUACCGUAUCUCUGGAAAACCCACGGGGUCAAACACGGUCAAAUUUGUGUUUUAUUCCUAUUUUAACUUUACAUUUUUUGGCCGCUGUUACCCAUCAUGAACAAAGAAAACUUGUUAAAUUAACUUUAAAAGCCCAGAAGGAAAUUAUUCUUGGGUUUUCCAAGAAUAUCUAAGGUUACUUUUGAAGAUCUCUGUGAAAUAUGAGGUCAAUUUAAGUGUAACAGUCAUUUAAAUAAGACUUUUGGGGGGGAGAAUUUUUAAAAACAAAAACAAAUGUUGUUUUCUUUGUAGGAAACACAUUUUUGAUCUUAUCUUAGACGCUGUAGCUAAGACACAGAAGUAGACAAAUGAGAUGUGAAUUAUGAACAGCCAUAAGCCACAUGUGCGGGUUUGGUUAUCACACGUGUGUGGGGUUUUUUUUUCCAGUCUUUUCACACAUCUUUUUUGAAGACCGUAUUCUUGUCAUGUGGCCCAGCAGGAUGCUAGAGAAACACUGCCAACAGAACUUUGUCCUUAACGGCUCUCCAUAGGAACAGAUAACAGGGUAGCGUCAUUCCGGCUUUUUCUGUCCCGUUCGGUUGUGUUUGUGCAGUUUCGCCUGUUUCAUUCUCAUCAUGAUGACUUUUAGGAGUGGACCACAUGGACACACGACUCGACUGAAAUGUUCUGAAAAGCAGACAAAGCUGAACUCACGGUUCAUGGUGGAUUUGGUUUGAGCGUUGCGUCAACAUUUACACAGUGGCUGUGGAAGAGCAACGUUUGGGCGGAUGUUUGUUCCUCUGCUUAUUGCAGGGCUGCUUCCUGAACCUUUUCUGAGGAACUUGCAUGUGAAAGGAGAAACUGUUGACUUAAAAUCUCAUCACUUGAACAGCGAAAUCCCAUUUUUGAACAACUACAUUGGUUUUCAAUCAUUAGAAGCAAGCACAAUAUAGGACAGACCGAAGACAUUUCAGUCAGAAUCCUUUGGAUGAGUCUGUAUUUAUCCAUACACUCCAGGUUAAGAGACAAAUAUUUCAGGUACGCUUUAUUUGUAGCUGAAAGCGUGUUUGUUAAACAUCAAUUCACAUUUUAGUGGAAAUUUUCUUUAUUGACAAAAACAUAUCAUUGGUAUGGCCAACAAGUUGCUAAGAUUCUGGUUUUUUUCCUGCUUUUCUUAAGAAAUCUGAGCUAGUUAGCUGGUCCGAUUCUGAGUCUGAUUCUUGUUUUUUUUUUUAACAUGUUCGUCUGUUGCAGCAUGCAUCAAUCACUGGGGGGGGGUACACCGUCAGCUAUCAUUUGCUCCUUCUUUUUUUGUACAAACCUGUAAAUACACGAACUUCUCUGAAAAUGCUGCAGAGGUUGUUGAAUUGUUUCUAAUGUAAAAAGAAAUCAUUUUUUGUUUUUUGUUUUUUUCCAAAGUUUACAUUGAUUUCACACCUUUGUACAUUUCUGAGUUGUGGAACACGUUGUCUUGUAUUUAUUUUUCAGUAAACCUGGUGGAAAUCCCAUAAUAAAUCAAGCGUAUGAACAGGUGAAUAAAUGUGACUGCUUUAAACA